GGGGAUUUUUCUGGAAGCUCUAACCCUUAGUCACCUGAAGCCCAUGUCUCAGCUGGGAAUAGCCCCCCAUGUCUGUGGUGAAGUCCAUCGAAUUGAGGCUACCCCAAAAUGCGGUCUACCUGGCCGGCUCCUGCAUCAAAGGCCAGGUGGUCCUGACACUCAACAGCACCUUGGUGGACCCGGUGGUGCGGGUGGAGCUGGUGGGCAGAGGGUACGUGGAGUGGAACGAAGAAACCGGGGAGUCCCUCGAUUACAGCAGAGACGUGAUCUGUAACAACAAGGCCGACUACGUGCACAAGACCAAGACGUUCCCCGUGGAAGGUAACUGGUUAAGCGCGGGCAGCCACACCUUUGAAUUUCGGUUCAACUUACCUCCCAGGCUCCCGUCGACGUUCACCAGCAAAUUCGGUCACGUCUUCUACUUCAUCCAGGCCAUCUGCUUGGGCCGGGAGUGUAUUCUCGGCAAGAAGAGAUUGUACUUAAUGGUUCAAGGGACUUCGGACUUCCACAGAAAAAGUUCAGGGCAGUCGCCCCUCUUGGUGGAAACGGAGAAGCGAGUGUCUUACCACUGCUGUGGCCAAGGUACCAUCUGCCUGCGCGUGGAGAUGGAGAGGAACACCUUCAGCCCCGGCGACCGGGUGGUCUUCACCACUGAGAUCAGCAACCAGACCAGCAAGUGCAUCCGCUCCGUGGCGUGGGCCCUGCAUGCGCAUGUCCAGUACCAAGGCUUCACCCCCAACACGGAGCGGCGGGCGCGCGCCGACAGCAGCCAGCUGGCCCGGCAGGAGACCAGCACCCACAUCGGGCCCUUCACCACCAGCAAGAUCGUCAGCGCCUUCCAGCUGCCGCAGGUGCUGUCCCUGACCAGCGUGCAGCCGGACACGGAGCUCAUGAGCUCCCGCUACGAGCUGGUCAGUACUGUCCACUUGCCCUGGUCCCUCAGCAGCGUGAAGGCCAGGGUGCCGGUCAUCAUCACGCGCACCCCCCUGGGCUCUGACUGCUGCGCCCCGCGGCGGGAAUGCAGGCCCAGGGCGGCCGCUUCCAUCGAGGCCGAAGCUUCCGAAAUCAGUGUCUGA